AUGGCACCUCUGAGUAAGAAAGCAAAGAAGGCUUCUGAGUCUAUUGGUCCUUCUCUUGCUUUAGUAAUGAAAUCUGGGAAAUAUACUUUGGGUUUUAGGUCUACACUAAAGACUUUACGUAACGGAAAAGCAAAGCUUGUAAUUAUAUCUGGAAAUUGUCCACCCUUGAGAAAGUCUGAAUUGGAAUAUUAUGCUAUGUUGGCAAAAACUAGUAUUCAUCAUUAUUCCGGCAAUAACAUUGAGUUGGGUACUGCAUGUGGAAAAUUUUUUAGUGUUUGUGUUUUGAGUAUUACAGACGCUGGUGAUUCCGAUAUUCUUAAUUCAAGUUCAUAA